AUGAAACUCUUAAGAAAACCUGUGGAUCAUUAUGAAAGUGUCAAACUGUGGGUUGAAGAGUUGAACAAAAGUGAAAAUACUACUCUUUUCACGGUUCAUAAGAAUGGCUCCUUCCUUGUUUCAUGGGUUUCUGAGUGGCAGAAAGAAAAUUUGGAAGAGUGGUACAUUGACUCAACACACAAAACAAGCAAGUCAUUCAAUACUGUAGCUGGUAAAGGACCUGAAGAUUACUUUCUGUUUACAAUUGUUGAGCAAAACCCUAUCACCAAUAAGAGAUUAAUAAUGAUUGACUGCAGCUCCAUCGAAAUUGGUGCAAUUGAAGAAAUCUUUGGCAAUAGUAUUAAAGUGCAAAAAUCAACACAUGCUUCGAACAUAGCUCAUAACAGUGUUCGUGCUAUAUUGAGUAAUAUGAUGCAUGCAACAACUUCUGUUGCCUAUGAUAUACUGUAUAAUGAAUUUCUUGUUAAAUUUGGGGAAUAUGAAGACUUUAUUUUGUAUUUAACAGAAUGUGGGUGCCAAAAAAAGAAUUAUGGUGCAAAGCAUAGAGAUAGCAAUACUGCUAUAAAAAUGGUUGAGAAAUUGAGUAGUACUGCAUUCACUUGCAGAUCAUUCACAGUUGAUCUUGUUGUAUAUAACAUUGAGCUACAGAAUGUCUUUCUGCAAAACUGCACUUGCCUUGAUACUUCCAAGCUUUGCAAGCAUAUCUUUCUCAUCAAUCAUACACUAGGCAUUUCCUACUCUUUGCGCCAAAGUCUUUCCUCCUCCUCCUCUGCUGUCCAUGUAUCUAAUACUAAUACUAAAGCAGUAGUUGACACUUCCCUUCUUUCUGACGAGAUAGAAGCUGAUAUCAUGAAAUAUUGUCAAUUAUACUCUGUUGAACUUGACAGCAAGAUAGCCAAGUAUAAGAGAAUCUCAGAAGACAUGAGCCAGUUCUUAGAUACGUUGAAGUUUGCAUACAACAAGCUGAAAGAACAUGGCUCCCCCUCUCAAUCCUGUCCACCUUGA